GGGAAAACACUCGUCACUGAGAUAGGAAACACCUGUGCUGGCAAUCAGUCUCAGGUACGGGGUAUUGUGGGAUAUGUAGUUCUAAACUAUAGGAGAGGCUUCCCUCCGGUGGUGUUCGGGGAGGGCCACAGAGGCCAGAUUCGUGACAGGAAGGAGCAGCGGUUGUUCAAUUUAUUUCAACAAAUUUAUAAAUACAAUACUGCAAUUACAAUAAAAGCAAUCAAAAUAUUGUUUAACUUACCUUGUUCAUUAAAGACACAAGAAAAUAACAUUUCAUAAAGGUAAAUAAAUGUUCAGUUUAAUACUGAAUGAGUCAUGACAACAUUCCUGUAGAAAACUUGCAUGUUACUCAGUAUGACAUUUUUUUAGAAAACAUGUUACAAGAUUAUCAACAUUUUCAAAAGAAUUUCUGUAACACAUGAAGGUACAUUUGUAUGUCUUUAGUCUGUCAUGAUGACUGUAAGUUUUCAGGAAGUCUUGAGGCUUUAACACAUUCUGUGUCUUCAACUGUCUGUCAUCAUUCAGUCAGUAUGGAGCUCAGUCCACUUCCUCUUGUGCUCUUGCUGAUUUCACACAUCCACUCUGGACACACUGAAGAAACACCAAAAGCCAAAGUGAGCAUUAAACCUGAUCAACAUGUAUUCAGAGGAGAGACAGUCACUCUCAGAUGUGACAUUGAUGGUGAAGGAGUCACUAGCUGGGAGUACAGCUGGUAUAAAGAUAGUUCAGGCAGUGUUUUCAGUGAACUACAGGAACACACAUUCAGGUCUGUUACUGAGUCUGACGCAGGUAAAUACUUCUGUUAUGGAGCAGAGAGAGGAGGAUCACGCACAUCACAAAACAGUGACGCAGUUACACUGACAGUAUCAGACAGACCCCAGGCAGUUUUAAGUGUUUCUCCACAGAAGUGGUUGGCUGAAGGAGAUUCAGUGACUCUGAUCUGUGAGCUUAACAGCUCCUCUACAGGCUGGACAUUCAGCUGGUACACUCUAACUGCUUCAUCAGACUACAGAAAUCAUUAUCAGCUGCUCUCAGACAGCAGCAGAGGAGCUGGAGGAAACUACACUGUCAGUUCUGCUGCUGUAAAACACACAGGAGUGUAUGUGUGCACAGCAGAGAGAGGAAAACCAGGUUAUUAUACAACCUACAGCAACAAACAGCCAGUAUGGGUCACUGGUGUUUCUCCUCUAGUCUCUCUGAUCAUCAGUCCCAGCAGAACUCAACACUUCACAUUUGUCUCUCUCUCUCUGAGCUGUGAGGACCAGAGUAACUCUGAUAGAUGGAGCGUGAGAAGAUACACAGAUAGUGAACAGUGGGAAGAUUGUUCAUCAUCAGUGUGGGGAUCACAAACAGGAUCUACAUGUACAAUCAGCUCCACCAUCACAUCAGACACUGGAGUGUACUGGUGUCAGACUGAAUCUGGAGAGAACAGUCAUCCUGUUAAUAUCACUGUACACUAUGAUGUGAUUCUGGAGAGUCCUGUUCAUCCUGUGACUGAAGGAGAUACUCUGACUCUACGCUGUUUAUAUCAACAUUCAACUCCACCAAACCUCAGAGCUGAUUUCUAUAAAGAUGGAUCACUCAUCAAGAAUCAAACUACAGAGAUGAUCAUCUCUACUGUCUCAAAGUCACAUGAGGGUUUCUACUACUGCAAACACUCAGAGAGAGGAGAGUCCCCCAAGAGCUGGAUCUCAGUUACAGGUGAGAGUCAAUAG